AUUCUCGAAUCACACACAGAAAUCCUCUUCUUCCCUUCCUCCUCCGGAUUCCAAGUUCUCCGAACAGUUUCGGCGAUGUCGGGGCGCGGCAAGGGCGGCAAGGGGCUGGGCAAGGGCGGCGCGAAGCGCCACCGUAAGGUGCUCCGUGACAACAUCCAGGGGAUCACCAAGCCGGCGAUCCGGAGGCUGGCGAGGAGGGGCGGCGUCAAGCGCAUCUCGGGGCUCAUCUACGAGGAGACCCGCGGCGUCCUCAAGAUCUUCCUCGAGAACGUCAUCCGCGACGCCGUCACCUACACCGAGCACGCGCGCCGCAAGACGGUCACCGCCAUGGACGUCGUCUACGCGCUCAAGCGCCAGGGCCGCACCCUCUACGGCUUCGGCGGCUAGAAGGCUUCUGUUGGUGGACUUGUGCUGCUGGUGGUGGUGGUGUGUGCUAGUGUAGUAAGGUCUCUGUAUCGAUGCUGUGUUCUGCGGUUGGUGGGCUUUGAUCUUUAGGUGUCGAGGUGUUCGAGUUGUUGCUAGUCCAUUUGCUGUAAUACAUGUUGCUGUUAUCAAUGGAAAACCCUCGGUUCUAGCCCAGUUCUUACGCCU